AUGACAGGCCUCCAGAUUUUGCAGGAGAAGAGCACAGACGAUGGCGAGGAUCUGGGAGACUCGGGAUAUGCCUCGGUUGAUGUCGGAGAUGGUGAAGGCGAUGACGCCAUAGAGGAGGAACGGAACGACAAUAAGGGGAGAGAGUCUAGCCGGCAGAACCAGGAGAAGGAAGGAGCAGAGAAACAAGACAAUGUCGACGAUGAAGACGUGUCGUGUCUCUUGCGCGUGUUCCCUAUCGCCUUUGAAGUCAUCUUCUGGAGCCAUCACUUGCUGAGAGGGAACUAUCAUACCAAAUGCACCGAAAGCGAAUCCGAGUACCGCAUUGGGUGGGAAUUCGAGCUGAACGCUGCCGAAAUUGCAACUGGAAGAGCCGGACGACAAAGAACCCAAGGUGGUGAUCCGUUACAAGAAGGUGUGCUGGGCAGCAGGCGGGAACAGCAAUUGCUACAGUUACUGGACGAUGUGGUCGGGCGGCGUCCAUUUUAA